UUACAGUUCAGGAAACUGAGACAAAGAGCAGUUCAGUGGCAUGAGGUCACACAGCUGCCACAGGACCAAGUCUUCAGGCUGGCCACCUCCGUCAGGAACCUGGGGCUUGAACCAGGUACCACCCUAUGGAUGGGAGAUGAUGACAAACCGAGAUGGACGGGACUAUUUCAUCAAUCACAUGACACAAGCAAUCCCAUUUGAUGACCCUCAGUUUGACAGCUGCCAAAUCAUUCCCCCAGCUCCACGGAAGGUGGAGAUGAGGAGAGACCCUGUGCUGGGUUUUGGUUUCGUGGCAGGAAGUGAAAAGCCAGUGGUUGUUCGCUCAGUGACACCAGGUGGCCCCUCAGAAGGCAAGCUGAUUCCAGGAGAUCAGAUUGUAAUGAUUAAUGAUGAGCCAGUCAGCGCUGCACCAAGAGAGCUGGUCAUCGACCUGGUCAGAUUGUUAAGUGAUAUUUUUAAUUGGGCACGAGAGAGCAUAUUUGAUAUAACUUCUCAAGUGCUGAUCAAGAAUCUGCUUUAA